ACGUCACUUCCGCGACGUCACCUUCCUCCCGCCAUCUUGGCCGGCACCACGCGGGGUUUGGGCAAUUCACGCUUAUUGUGGAGGACUGGGACGUCGUAAGGCACCGACACGCGAGCCAGCACGUAAAGAGUCAUGGAUCCGAAAAAGCAACAGCUCCCGCCCAAGGAGAACGCCCUCUUUAAGCGGAUCCUGAAAUGCUAUGAGCAGAAGCAGUAUAAAAAUGGGCUGAAGUUUGCCAAGCAGAUCCUUUCCAAUUAUCCAGAUCAUGGAGAAACCCUUGCAAUGAAAGGACUCAUACUAAACUGCCUUGGAAGGAAGGAGGAGGCCUACAACUUUGUCAGACAAGGCCUGCGAAACAACCUCAAGAGUCAUGUGUGUUGGCACGUGUUUGGUCUGCUGCAGCGCUCGGAUAAAAAGUACGAUGAGGCCAUCAAGUGCUACAGAAAUGCUCUCAAGUGGGACAAAGACAACCUCCAGAUAUUGCGAGACUUGUCUCUGCUUCAAAUUCAGAUGAGAGAUCUUGAUGGUUACAAAGAGACAAGAUACAAGUUGUUUGAGCUUCGACCAACUCAGCGAGCUUCAUGGAUUGGCUAUGCAAUGUCAUUCCAUCUUCUUCAAGACUAUGAUAAAGCUCUAAAGAUUUUAGAAGAAUUUAGGAAAACUAUUCAGAAAACUUCAUAUGAUUAUGAAUACAGUGAACUAUUACUGUAUCAGAAUCUUGUAAUUAGAGAGAGCAAGAAUCUACAUGAAGCCCUUAGGCACCUCAGCACUUAUGAGUCCAACAUCUGUGAUAAAGUCACUCUCCAGGAACUUAAAGGAGAAUUAUUAAUGAACUUGGGAAGGCAGGAAGAAGCUAGUGAGGUGUACAGAGGCCUAAUUAAGCGAAACCCUGAGAACAGGAAUUACUACCUCAAGCUGGAAGAGGCCUUGGGACUCGCCACGGCUGAAGAGAGAAUAAAAUUGUAUGAUGAACUCAAAGAAAAGUUCCCCCGUGCUCAAGUGCCUAAGCGACUCCCCCUCAAUUAUGCCCGAGGGGAGGUGCUAGUUUCUUUGUUAGACCCCUAUUUGAGAGCAGCAUUACAGAAGGGUGUACCUCCACUCUUCACAGACAUUCUUUCUUUAUAUGAUGAUCCAGAAAGAAUAAAAAUUAUUGAAAACUUAAUGUAUGGGUACCUGAAGAACUUGAAGGAGACGGGACACUUAUGUGAAGCAGAUAACGAGUACAAGGAACCGGCCUCCAUCCUGUACGUGUUGAUGUACCUGUCCCAGCACCACAGCUACUUAGGGGACACUGAGAAGGCCCUCACACUCAUAGAACAAGCAAUAGAACACACACCAACUCUAAUAGAACUCUAUAUUGUCAAAGGAAAAAUAUUAAAGCAUGCAGGGGACUAUGUUGGAGCAUAUGAAGCCUUACAGGAAGCACAGGCAUUAGACACUGCUGACAGAUACGUCAACUCCAAGGCAGCCUCAUACCUCCUCAAAGCUAACCUAGUCAGGCAGGCAGAAGAAAUGUGUUCCAAGUUCACCAGGGAAGGUGUGUCGGCGAUGGAGAACCUCAACGAGAUGCAGUGUAUGUGGUUCCAGACAGAGUGUGCACAAGCAUACCACCGCCUCGGCCAAUACGGAGAUGCCCUCAGGAAAUGUCAUGAAGUAGACAGGCAUUUUACUGAAAUUAUUGAGGAUCAGUUUGACUUCCACACUUACUGCAUGAGAAAAAUGACUCUGCGCUCAUAUGUGGAACUGCUGAGACUAGAGGAUGUUUUGCGGAGUAACAGGUUUUAUUGGGAUGCAGCACAAACCGCAAUUACCAUAUACCUCAGGUUAUAUGACCAACCACUCACAGCCAACACUGGGGAGAACAACAUCAACACUGCAAACCUGGACCCAGCUGAACUCAAGAAGUUGAGGUCCAAGCAGCGCAAGGCGGCCAAGAAAGCAGAGCAGAAUAAGGCAGAGGAGAAGAAGAAGGAGGAGAAGAAAGCUGAACACCAGAAGUCCAAGUCAGGAGGAAACACGGAUGAUGUUGACAACCAGCCAACGGAAGAUCUGGAUCCCAGCAAGUUAGAAAGAACAGAAGAACCCCUUGCAGAGGCCAUCCACUUCCUGAAGCCCCUCCAGGCUCUUGCCCCCCUAAGAAUCCAGACUCACCUCAUGGCCUUUGAAAUAUAUCUGCGGAAAGGCAAACCCCUUCUCAUGUUGCAGGCACUCAAACGAGCUCUCAGGAUUGAACCCAACCAUCCGGAGCUCCACACGUGCAUCAUUAGGUUCUUGCAGUACAGACAAGAGAAGUUGUCUAACCAUAACAGUGUUGUGGUGGAUGUAAUCAACAAGGAGGUGAACCGACUCCUGCCCACCACUGACCCCACGCGGCUGAACGAAGACUUCCUGAACAACAACCAGGACUCUCUUCCUCAUAGGCUACAAGCGGCCCGGUCCAUGAAGCUGCUCGACCCCGUGCAGCGGGACCGAGCCCACGCCAUUGCCACAACCCUGGACUCUCACCUCACAGACCGCACGCACGAGAAUCUUCACAAGGUGCUAGAGUGGCUGGAAUCCAGAGAGGUUGAAGGAACACCUGAACAGCUCAGCCACUACAAGGCCCAGAGCCAUGCCCUGUUCCCUCGUGCCAGAGCCUUCAUGCCACAGUCCUCUUCCUCAUCCUCUUCUUCCUCUACCACCACCACUACUACCACUGCAUCAGAUUCCAUCUCUAGCACCAACUCCACUGUCACUACCAUCACUACUACUACCACCACCGCUGCUACUGCAACCGCUAAUCAUAACCAUGUUGACUCUCCUAGCAGCUGAAAUUCACUGAUGGUCUGUAACGGUAGAGUUCAGCGAGUGCAGGGUUGUUAUAAAUAACGCUUUUACCAGGAUCAGUGAUAUUGCUACUGUGGUUACCAGUAAGGACAGGAAAAGUUUCUUAUGCUUUAUAAGGCUCAACUUAAAAGAUAUAAUCAACAGAGGAAACGCAUGUACAUAUGGAAAUUGAAUGAAAAUAAGAUCCUGGUACUGUACACUUAUGCAUUGGUGAGCGCUGUCAGAUACUAAGGUGUUUCCUCUCUGUACACAUUAUUUCCUGCCGUUCAAAGAUCACUGACUGAUCCCUGUUGUUGGAAUUAUUCUUACAAAGUUUUUGUUAAGCGUUGACUUUGCUGUGUCAGUAAACAAGUAUGAAAUGCCAAUGUUCUUUUUACACACACCUGAUGGAUCUUCAGUUUGAUUUCCCUCUCCUUUCUUUUACUCUCCAGAGUUCCUGUUAUAAGUGCUUUAGUUUAUUUCCAUACCUGAGUGUUUAUAUCAUCGUUAAGGCCUUCCCCUGCACCAUAGCAGGCAAUUCAUGCAAACUCCAGCCCCAACACUCCCUCAGCAUCACCACAGCUGCCCACCAGCCAACAGGGUCAGUGUCGACAAGAUUGGAGUCACACAUGUUGAAGUAUCCUGUUGUGGAGCUGCAAGAACUCAGGCAGAUAGUCACUCUGUCUGGGCUUUGAUAAACACAUUCUUAUCCAGCCUGUAUGGUAAAUUGCUGAUAAUCUUCCCUGGUCGUGUGUGAUUGUAUAGAAAUUCACAGUUUUUACCAAAUUAUAGAUUUCCUGAAAACUGUAGGAGUGACCUUUAAUGGUGAGGAACUUUGUUGAUGAUGCACCAUAUUGAGGUUAGUUUUGGCUCUUUACACUUAGCCACAUUCCACUCUCAUAGUUGACUGCCAAGACUCUGUUUUGUGGAACAACUGUUAUGUGCCUUUGUACUGUUGUAAUUAUUUAGUACCUUCAAAGUGCCCUGCUAUUAAUAGUUUCUCCUACACAGACACUUUGUUGCAGUUUUAGGUGGAUUUAUACAUGAGCAUUUCAUUGAUAUAUUUAACUACUCAUAUAGCUGUCCCUUUCAGCACCCUCAUAAUAUAAUAGCAGUGGCUGUUUAUUUUGUUUCUUUUCUUGCAUGACUUUUAAGUCAAAGUUUUUAUUGAACCACAGUGAACUGAGGUGGAAUUCCAUUUGAUGGCUUGUUGACCAGCGAGCAGCCUGGUGAGCCUUGAGAAGUACCUUGGGGGCCAAGUGACUGGGCUGCAUUGCUUGUUCUGCUUAAUGUCUGAAAGACAGACACAUCAUAACCUGUCUUGCUCACUAGCCCAUCUAUUGAUAUUAACUGGGUAUUGAUGCUUCAUUUUGUAAAUACUGAAAAAAAUUGUCACCAUGCUGUGAAAAUGCUUUAGAGUUUAAAUACGUAGAUGGUGGUGCUUUGCAUCACAAAAUCCAAGGCAGACUGCCCUGCCUUGGUAACUGGAGUCUUAUACCAUCUCAUGAUGAGGGUUCUACCACAUCAAUGCAGCAACCUAGCCAGUCAACACUCAUCUUUAUUUGCCAGCUAACUCUUUAUAUUUCCUUCCUGGUUACUCUCAGUGCAAAAGUAUGAGAAAAUAUUGUAUUACAGCCAAAGACUUUGCACGUGCUUGCUGCCAAACUGGUAAUGGAGAAAUGUUAGGGAAGUAAGGUAACUAGUGACAUGUUGUGAACCAACCUGUUUUGACACAAAACCAGAUACAGACACACAUCUUAAAUUGGGCCUUCGUAUCCCUCACAGACUUAGGAAUGUGGUCUUUCAGUAUGCCUAUUGAUGUCACAAACAUAAUGCCAAAUACUUUUCUGUACAAGAGAAAUGUUAAUUUAUUGGACAAGCCAAGCCAGAAGAAAGGAAAAUUGGUUCUUUACAUAAUUUUGGUCUAAAGAUGUUAGGCAUAGUGAAGAAUACCUUGGUUUAGUUUUUAAAUAACUUAAUGAUUAAUCAUACACCUCUAGAGGUUUCUUCUGAUCAGUAUUCAGUAAUGCAACUCAAGUAAAUUGAUUAAUGGUUGAGUUCCUUAUCUGUUUUGACAAGACUUAUUAGUUACUUAAAUGUAUUGACUAGAGUACAGCUUAUAAUUAUAUGCUUAGUUACUGCCUAAUUAUGACUUGCUAGUCACACUGGGGAGGGGGUUGUUAUGUUUCAUUGUUCCCUGGUAUUUGUACAUACCACACUGAGAACAAUUUGUCCAGUCCCUGUCACUCUCCCACACUGUACAAUUCACAGCCGCAGAGCAGCGUAGAUGAGCUGGGUCCUCAGGUUGGUGUGGGAGAGAGUGGUGGAUCCAUACUCUCCAACCAACUGAACAAGCGUACAGAACGGUCGAUUUUCCAAAUUGUUUGUACAGAUGCAGAGCAAAUGAACUCAUUUGAACAAAUAUAACUUAUAUGUAUGUGUUCCUUGCCAUUUUUGUUUUUAUUUUUUUAUGGUGUUGAUUUGUCAUAUAGGUUGUUUACUAAUUGAUAUCAAUUAAGAUGUAUAUUAUAUGACUGAUAUACUAUGAGCCUCAGGUGAUAUAUUAUGAGUCAAGGGCACUGUAUGUACAUGGAUUGUUGAGUGUGCAUGGCCUGCCUGGGUACCACCCUAUUUUGAUACAUUUUUCAGUGUCAUUAUACAUAGGCAGAGAACCCUCAGAUUGGGGACGAAAUAAAUCCAAAUAUGUAC